AUGCCCACAAAGAACAAAAAAACAAAGCAGAGAGUGAUGGAGGAAACCAAAGAUGUGGAUGACGAGGACUUGGAGGAUAGGCAUUUGAAGUCCAAGCGGAAAAAUCAGAAGGUGAGUGAGGAGUCCGCAGAACGAAGGAAGAAUAAGCAGCACCAGAAACACAGUGACGAAGAAAGCCGUAGCUCAGACGUAUCAACCGAUGUCAAAGGAAGAAUGACAAAAGGACAAGUUGAAAACAAAGUUAAGAAGAAGAAAAGCAAAGCGGUGAGCAAAGAUGAUCUCAGCGAUCAGUCCCCGAGCACAGACGAUGAAGCCAACAACAACGGCAAGGGUAAAAAGAGUGUGGGCAAUCUUCCUGAUGUGAUUGUGACCACUAAGAAAGCAUCGAGUCGGCCUUCGAAAGACAUAAUGGGGUCAAAGGAUAAAAAAUCCAAGAAAGACUCAGAGAAAGAGGAAGAACAAGCAGCCCGGGAUAAGGAGGACGCGAAGAAGAAGAAGAAGGACAAGAAGAAGAAAGGAUCUGUCAACAGCGAUGAUGACAGCAGGAAGACAAAAGGGAAGAAGAAAAAAGUGGAAAAUUACGUGGAAAUCUAUGAGUGUGAGCUUCGGAAUUACCAGGCAGAAGUGAUGGAGAACUAUGAAGAUGAGUACCACAAAAAGAAAGUAUAUGAAGUGUUGACCAUCACGGGCGAUGAGAGAGGAGCAGGCACAGAUGCAAAUGUGUUUCUCACACUCUUCGGAGAAUUCGGCAUCACUCCCAAAGUCCAUCUGGCCAGCAAGAGCCGCACUGCGUUUGAGAGGGCCAAAAACGACGUCUUCAGAAUAAGAACCCACAACGUUGGCUCCUUGAAGAAAAUACGGAUUGAGCACGACAACACGGGCCUGAAUGCCAGCUGGUUCUUGGACAGGGUGGUGGUGACGGAUGUGAUCAGGCCUCACCUGAGGUACUACUUUGCUUGUAACAACUGGCUCAGUAAAGCAGAAGGAGACCGCCUUUCUGUUCGAGAUUUACUGGGCACCGCGGACCCCACGGACAUACCCAAAUAUAAUAAGUACAUGGUCAGCGUAUUCACCGCAGACAUAAAAGGUAGCGGAACAGAUGCCGAUGUCUUCAUUAAUAUCUUCGGAGAGUUUGGAGACACGGGAGAAAGGCUACUAAACACAGACAAAAACAACUUUGAGAAAGGCACUGAGGAUAAAUUCACCAUUGAUGCCCCAAACUUGGGGAAAAUAAGGAAGAUCACCAUCGGCCAUAAUAACAAAGGCUCUUCUGCGGGAUGGUUCGUAGAUAAGGUAACCGUAGAUGAUCUGGGAAACAAGCUCGUCUACGAAUUUCCUGUCAAUCGUUGGUUUGCCAUUGAUGAGGAUGACGGCAAGAUACAGAGAGACAUUUUGACGGGAGGAAACCAACCCACAGGGAUCGUGUACAACGUCCAGAUUGUAACCGGAAACAUCCGAGGAGCUGGGACCAACUCCAAAAUCCACAUAGUCAUGCAUGGCAGCAAAGGCUUGAAGAAUAGCGGCAAGGUGUUUCUGGAGGGAGGCAAAUUUGAGCGUGGCCUGACUGACAUCUUCAAUGUGGAGAUAGCCGCACUACUCAGCCCCCUCAGCAGGGUGACCAUCGGACAUGAUAAUGACGGGGUCAGUGCUGGCUGGUACUGCGAGAAGGUGGUCGUGUAUUGUCCAUUCACGGGCAUAGAGCAGACCUUCCCCUGCUGUAAAUGGCUGGAUGAGAAGGAAGGAGACGGCCUGAUUGAGCGAGAACUCUACGAAAUGGUCUCACUCAGGCAGAGAAAGCAAAAAAAGCAUCCCUGGUCCUUAUGGAUCUGGACAUCUGACCUGGCAAAUGCCGGAAGCGACGCAGAUAUUUAUUUCCAGGUGUACGGAGACAAGGGCAAGUCAGAUGAGAUAAAACUCGACAACAAAACAGACAAUUUUGAGAGAGGACAAGUGGACAGGUUUGUGGUUGAACUGCCUGAUUUGGGAAUUUUAACCAAACUCCGUAUCUGGCAUCAGAGGAGAAAUCCUUUUGCGGGAUGGCAUCUAAGUAAGGUAACUCUGAUGAAAACAUUAACAAAGGAUAAAUAUAAUUUUCCAUGUGAGCGUUGGCUGGACACUAACGAAGAUGAUAAUGAGGUGGUGAGAGAGCUUCCUGCCAUGGGCCGGCAAAUUGCUGACCCACGACCUUUGAUAAAGUACAGAGUGACCAUUUGCACUGGGACCAUCGGUGGCAGCGGUACGGACGCGUCGGUUUUUCUCAAUCUGAUCGGCGAGCACGGUGACACGGGAGAUCGAGCGCUGGUCAACUGCAAAAAUAACAUCAACAAGUUUGAGAAGGGAAAUCUGGACGAGUUCAUCGUCGAGGCCGUUGCCAUCGGUCAAAUUCAAAGGGUGAGAAUUGGGCAUGACGGCAAAGGCGGAGGCUGCGGCUGGUUUCUUGAGAAAGUCAUCGUGAGAGAGGAAGGACAAGCUGAGGCGCACGCCAUCGAGUUUCCCUGCAAAAGGUGGCUGGAUCGCAACGAAGACGACGGACAGAUUGUUCGAGAGUUAGUCCCAUUCUCCGACGGACAGCGCCUUUACAAUGUCGGCUAUCACAUCGCAGUGAAGACAGGCAACACCCCGGGGGGCAGUUCGGACUCCACGGUUUAUGUCAAACUCUACGGCGACAAAGGCGACACCGGUAAAAUGAUGCUGGUGGUCUCUGACAACAACCUGAGUAACUACUUUGAAACGGGUCACAUUGACGUCUUCACUGUGGAAACCUCGGAUAUUGGACAGAUCAACCGGCUGAUGAUCGGACACAACAAUGAAGGCAUGCGGGCCGGUUGGUUUUUGGACAGCGUUCAGAUCCUGGUGCCUCUGAAUGGAAAGCACUACAUGUUCCCGUGCCAUCGCUGGCUGUCCAAGGGGGAAGCCGAUGGCAAGACGGAGGUGGAGAUUUACCCCAGUGAAAUCUUGGACACGGAGCAAUUGAUCAACUACGAAUUGACAGUCGUGACUGGAGAUGAGAUGUUUGCCGGCACCGACGCCAAAGUGUUCAUCCAGAUCUACGGCGACAAAGGGAAGACAGAGGUCAUCAAGCUCGACAGCCGAUCCAACAACUUUGAGAGGAGGUCCACAGAUAUAUUCAAGAUCGAGGCCAAAGACGUGGGCAAGGUGUUCAAGAUCCGCAUCGGCCACGACGGCUCGGGCGUCGGAUCCGGCUGGUUCCUGGACACGGUGGAGGUCAGGUACCUCACAAUGGCUGCGGUGCCCAAGGAGAAGAAGAAAGAGGACAAGAAGACGAAGAAGAAAAAGAAGAAGGAUGAGGACGAGGAGGAAGAAGUGGAGGAAAUGCAGGAAGGGGUGGUGACGUAUCGUUUUCCCUGCUCGCGGUGGCUGGCCCGCGGAGAGGAGGAUGGCGAGCUGCAGGUGGAGCUGCUGCCUGACGGAGCCGAAGAACUAGAAGUCAACACCUACGAAGUGUGCGUCUUCACGGGUGACGUGCUGGGAGCGGGGAGCGACGCCGACGUCUUCAUUAAUAUUUACGGCGAGAACGGAGACACCGGAGAGCGCUGUCUCCAAAACUCCGACAACCUCAACAAAUUCGAACGAGGCGAGGAGGACGUGUUCAUCUUGACAGCUAUUGAUUUGGGUCCUCUGAAGAAACUUCGGAUCCGUCACGACAAUACGCGGCCGUAUUCAUCGUGGUAUCUGGAUCGGGUGGAGAUAGUGGACACAAAGGAUGAUACGACGUACUACUUCCCGUGCAACCGAUGGCUGGCCGUGGACGAGGAUGACGGCCAGAUCGCGAGAGAGCUGGUUCCUGUGGAUGAGGCCUUCAUGAAGAAGGAUGAGGAUGGGGAGGGAGGCGGAGCCACUCUGGGACUUGAACAGAAAGCUAUGUCUACAACAUAUACAGUAAAAAUAAAAACCGGAGAAAAGAAGUACGCGGGAACCGAUGCGAACGUCUUUGCCAUAUUAUUCGGAGAGAACGAUGACACGGGUGUCAUCAACCUGAAGGCCUGUAAGAACUACAAGAACAAGUUUGAGCAGGGAGCAAUCAACGAGUUCACCGUGGAGGCGGUGCACUUGGGCGAGCUGGAAAAGCUUCGAAUUGGUCAUGACAACUCGGGAGGAUCACCUGGUUGGUUCUUGGACUGGGUAGAGAUUGACGCCCCCUCCCAGGGUCUGAGGUUACGCUUCCCAUGCGGCCGCUGGUUGGACAGAGGAGAGGACGAUGGCGCCAUAGUGAGGGAUCUUUAUCCAGCCGAGUUACAGACUGAGCUGUACACGCCGUUUGUGCCCUACGAGCUGAAGAUCUACACCAGCGACGUGUUCGGCGCGGGGACGGAUGCGGAUGUGUUCAUCGUUCUGUACGGCCAGAAAGGAGUGUGUACUCUGCAGAAGCAUCUGUGUGUCAACAAGAGGGAGAGGCGACUGUACUUUGAGAGGGGAGCUGAGGACAUGUUCAUCGUGGAGUUGGAAGACGUCGGUGACAUCAUAGAGAAGAUCCGAGUCGGUCAUGACAACAGGGGCUCCAAUUCUGGAUGGCACCUCGACAAAGUGGAGAUCAGACGCCUGCUGAGGAAAGGAAAGGGUUCCGAGACGACCAUUUUCCCGUGUGAGCGCUGGUUGGCUAAAUCAGAGGAUGACGGGGAGACGGUGAGGGAGCUGGUCCCGUCGGACAUCAUCACAGAAAAACUCCUCAGGGGUGGCACUCUAAAGCGCACUGAAACUGAGGUGGAGGAUGCAUUGGAAACUCACACGUACCAGGUGUCCGUACGCACUGGUGACAUGUACAAAGCAGGAACAGAUGCCAACGUCUUCCUCACCAUCUAUGGAGAUCUUGGAGACACGGGAGAGCGCAAACUCUCCAGAUCUGACAACAACAGGAACAAGUUUAAGAGAGGAGAGGUGGACAAAUUCACCAUUGAAGCGGUAGACCUGGGUCAGGUGUUUAAGAUCCGAAUUCGUCACGACAACUCCAUGAUAGGGGCCGACUGGUUCCUGGACCAGGUGGAGGUGCUGGAUGUGGACACGGAGGAGGUUUACAUGUUCCUGUGUGAGCGCUGGCUGUCGAAGAAGAAGGAAGACAAACGUUCGGAGAGGACCUUCUUUGUCAAGGGCUAUAAAGGUGAAAGAAAUAACGAUUCAAAUUUGGAAAUGAUGGCUCAAGCUAAAAUGGGGCUGGACCGGAAUGCAAACAAGAAGAAGAAGAAGAAGAAGAUGGCAGUGGUGGAAGAAGCGCCAAUCAUCCCGUAUCACUUCACUCUGUCCACUGGGCUGGAGCGCGAUGCCAGCACCACCGCCAGGGUCUACGUCAUCAUCAUCGGUCCCGGAGAACUGGAGACGGACCGGCUGUGGCUCGAUCUGCCAGAUGGGAAGAAAUCCUUCGCAACUGGCAGCAUGGAGCAUUUUGUGCGCUAUGGAGCCGACGUGGGAGAGAUCAAGCGAGUGGAACUCGGCCACAACGGCGCCACCCCAGAGAGUUGCUGGUUGGUGGACGAGCUGGCGAUCGGCGUGCCCACCAAAGGCAUCCAGUACAGCUUCCCGUGCAAGUGCUGGCUGGCGAAGGAUCGGGGCGACGGUCUCACCGUCCGACUGUUCAACGUGCUGGACGCCAGCAUCAUCAGCAUCAGCCGCAAAGUGAUUUAUUCCACGGCGGUUGUCACGGGUGACACACAGUAUGCCGGCACAGACACCAACAUUUUCCUGAGUGUGUUCGGAGCCAAUGGGAGCACGGAAGAAAUUCUCUUGCCCAAGAAUGAGGACAGGUUUGAGAGAGGCCAAGAGGACACAUUCAACCUGGAGGUGGACGACAUCGCCCCACUAAAGAAGAUACGGGUGAGGAUUGAUGGCAGUGGGAGUCGUCCCGAUUGGUUCCUCGAAAGGAUCCUGUUGCGGAACCCCAUCACGGAGGAGGUGUACACGUUCACCUAUGAGAACUGGCUGUCAAAGAGCAAAGGUCCCAGAAGGACUCGCGUGUGCGAGCUGGCGGCCGUGGUGGACGGGAAGGAGAUGGUGGAGAAAACCACCUACGUCAUCCAAGUCCAGACCGGUGAUGUCACAGGCGCUGGAACGGACGCCAACGUGUGUCUGAUGGUGUUCGGGGAAUUUGGCGACACGGGGACUCUGCCGCUGAAGGAGAGUGCCAACAGGAACAAGUUUGAGCGCAAAAUGAGAGACGUGUUCCACUUCCCCGACAUGCUCAGUCUGGGAGAGCUCUCCAAAGUGCGAGUUUGGCACGAUAACAAAGGUAUGGCUCCGGGUUGGCACCUGGACUACAUCGACGUCAAAGAUGAGAGCAAGGCUCAAACGUUCAGGUUUCCGUGCGACCGCUGGCUGGCUAAAAACAAAGAUGACGGCCAGAUCAUCAGGGAGCUGGCGUGUGCCAACAAUGAUGCCGUGGACCUCAGCGACAAAACAAAAUAUGAAAUUACCAUAACCACCGCCAACACGGAGGAUGCAUCCACCAAUGAAAACGUCUGGAUUAUUCUGGAAGGAAGGAAAGCCCGCUCCAAGGAGUUUGUUCUGGAGAAUAAGAAGAACAAAUUUUCUUGCGGCGCCACUGACACCUUCGAGUUCUCGUCCAAGCAUGUGGGUGAGAUCGCCGGCAUCUGCAUUGGACAUAUCACCAAAGACGGAAAGAAGGUGAAGAGUGAAUCCUUGUGGCACGUGGCAGAGGUGGUGGUGACCGAAAAAGAGCUGGGCAACAAGUAUUUUUUCCAGUGCGAUGCCCGAGUACCCCUGGCAUCCGAAAAGGAUCAGUUCCACAACUUUGAGUGCUACAAGUCAAUGGAGAGCUUUGCCAGCAAAGUGCGCAACCUGGUGGCCGUUAAGUACGAGAUCAUCGUGAUCACAGGCGACGUCAAGGACGCCGGCACGGACGCCAACGUCCACAUCACCGUCUACGGCGUCAACGGCGACUCGGGCCGGCGUCGCCUGCGCAAGAAGUUCCGCAACCUGUUCGAGCGAGGCCGCGCGGACCGUUUUGUGGUGGAGAUGCUGGAUCUGGGCGAGCUGCUCUGGGUCAAGGUGGAGCACGACAACAGCGGCUUCAACCACGGAUGGUUUCUAGAGUGCGUGGAGGUUACCAACCUGGCCAACUCGGUCACCACCGUCUUUCAAUGCGCCAAGUGGCUGGACAAGGGCAAGGCCGAUGGCCGCACUGAGCGGGUCCUUUACCCCAAGUACUAGAUGACCUAUUCUCAAUCGAAAAAGUCUACACACCCCAUAUACAAAUUCCAGGUUUUUGUGAUACCAACCAAAAAUCUGAUCAAAUCAUUUCAAACCUUUUUUUGCACCAGAAAUGUAAACGAUAACCUAUACAACACAAUUUAAAAUAAUAAUGACAUCUUUUAGAAUGGGGAAGUAUAAAUAAACUGAGAUCAUGUGGUUGCACAAGUGUGCACACCCUCUUACAACCGGGGAUGUGGCUGUGGUCGGAAUUCACCAGUCACGUUUCGACUCAUAAAUGGGAGUCAGCACGCACUGCUGCCACCAUUUGAAGGGCCUCGGAUGAAUCCAGAAAUUAAGAUCAGAUGUUCUAGGAGGCUUUUCCUGACAUUUUUUGACUGCCAUUUAGAACUGUUCACAUUUGCCUCCAUGUUGACAAAGGCCAGGGCUCCACACGGUUUUUACUCGGAGCACAGAGGCUCCCAACUUGAAAUUUUUAGGGGCACUAAAAUAAAAUGAAGGGGCACACACACUUGCAAAGUAAAUAUUCCCAUUUCCACUGAAUUACUGAUAACUGGGCUGAAACGUGGAGCAGAAAUUUGUAAAAUAUUCAACAAUAAUAAUUGCAAAAUGUCAAUUUAAAUUUACUGGUAGCACAUGAGUGACUUGAUGAAGUGACGGGCAUUGUCUCAAAUGUUAGGGGCAAAAUGCCACCAUUUAGGGGCAGUGUGAAGCCUUCACUAAGAGCC